AUGUCUACCACAACUCUUAUGGCGGCUACUGCGACGGCCUCUUCAGCGAUGACUACUUGUACAACUGCAGUACCUGGAAAGUAUGGCCGCGUUCCAGUUGAUGCAUGCAACUCCAACUACUUCUUCGAUCCAAGCUUUGCUGCCAAUCUUGCAUUCUGCGUACUCUUCGGCCUCACUACCAUAGCCCAUCUAGUUCAGGCGAGAUUCUGCUGGGUAGCCAUCAUGGGUGCAGCUUGGGAAACAAUUGCAUUCGCGUUCAAAACCGUUGGAAGUCGAGAUCAGCAAAACAUCACAUACCUCACUUUGGGUCAGAUCCUUUUUCUACUUGCCCCUCUCUGGAUCAAUGCCUUUGUAUACAUGGGAGUAGCGCGCAUGGUAUAUUUCAGCAUGCCUGCUCAAAAGCUUCUAGGUAUCAAAGCCGUUCGCAUGACACUCCUUUUCGUUUGGCUAGAUGUUAUUCUCUUCCUUGUACAAGGCUCAGGUGGUAUCAUGCUUUCCAACACGGACGCCGAUAGCGAUAUGGUCGAUAUUGGAAUGAAGGUUUACAUGGCUGGAGUCGCUCUGCAGCUUGCCGUUGUCCUCAUCUUCACUAGCAUCACUGUCUUCUUCUAUUUCAAGCUGCGACAGCUGGAGGGUCGAAGCAUGGGACGCAUGAAGUGGCUCAUCUGGACCAUGGUGGUUGUUCUCAUGCUGAUUGUGACUCGAAUUGUAUACCGCCUAGUCGAAUUUGGCCCGGGUGUUAACGCGCAUAACACGCUUCUUAUCCAUGAGGAGUAUCCACUGGGUCUAGAUGCUACACCGAUCUUGAUUGCUCUCGUCUUGCUCAACGUCAUGCAUCCUGGCUUUGUCCUUCGUGGACCAGAAAGCGAAUUUCCCAAGUUGUCCCGCAAGGAAAAGAAGGCGCUCAAGGAAGAGAAGAAGCAAGCCAAGAAGGCUCGCAAAGCUGGUGCCCGAGAACUUGAAGAAUUAUCUAUUGAUAAGCGGUCAAGCAGCAGCAGACAGGUCGUCUGA